UUGCUCUUUAUAACCCUCCCACUUCUUUCGAUCUCCACUACCACCUCUGAAUCAUAGCCCUAGGUUUCGCUCUCCUCUCAUAAAAAGCACCAGCAGUCGGCCAUGGAGGACAUCGAGGCGGGCUUUCCUGGCUGCUCCGCUACCACUGCCUCCCCACCCAUCCCUCGACGGCCAACCUACCGAUCUCUUUCGCAUCCAGCUACAACCACUUUCUUCUACGAAGACCUCUCCGAUGACGAGCCUCGCCACUUUCUCGACUCUUGCUUCCUCUGCAAGAGGCCCCUCUCGCGCAACCUCGACAUCUUCAUGUACAGGGGUGACACGCCGUUCUGUAGCGAGGUGUGCCGUGAGGAGCAGAUUGAGAUGGAUGAGGCGAGGGAGAAAAGCUGGAAGAUCUCCGUAAAGAAAGAGAAGCAGAAAAAUUCAAAUUCUUCAAGCUCGCCUAAUUCGCGGACGAUUCACGUUCGCGCCGGCGCCGUUGUCGCCGGCUGAGCUCCGGUAAGGCCGUAAGAGAACUUAUAGGUCUAAGAGAUGGAGAACAGAAAGGGCUCUUUCUUGGGAUUCAGAUCGGAUCUUGAGAAUUUUUUUUUUCUUAAAUUUCCGAAGGGAAACGAAGUACGAGCGCAGCGCUUUGACGGGGUGUGGUCUGUAAAUUUUGCGAAGCUAAUAUAAUUUAAUGUGGUUUUUGUGCUUCA